AUGAUGGCGUUGUUAUAUGAGACGGUGCCGACAUUUGAGGAUACCUGGAUCGAGUGCCUCGGCGACCUGGGACGCUACCGAAUGGCUAUCGAAGACGAUAACAUCAAGGACCGCGAGGUGUGGACCUCUGUCUCUCGUCAUUGGUACUCAAAGGCAAGCGAUAAGGCCCCAACGACAGGACGACUGUACCACCACCUCGCUAUCCUGGCGCGCCCCAACGCUCUGCAGCAGCUGUUCUACUAUGCGAAGAGUCUCUGCGUUCCCAUCCCCUUUCUCAGUGCUCGGGAAAGUAUCAUGACCCUCUUUGACCCGCACCUGAACGGCACGCCCACGCGAUUGCAGGAGAUUGAUGCUGCCUUCAUCCGCGCUCACGGGAUUCUGUUCUCUGGUAAGAGCAGCGAGCUGUUUGCUCCCUCUGUAAAAGAGUUCAUUGGUAGUCUCGACGGACACAUUGCACGGAAUACAAAGGGAUGGAUGGACUGUGGAUACUUUAUUGCUGUUGCUCUAGGAUGCGCCAUUCUCGAAUACGGCAGCGAGUCGAACCCCAUCAUGAUGGCUAUCAAGACGAGCCGCACAGAUGAUGCUGACGUCCAGAUGGAAGACCCUGAGACCUCGGUAACGGCCAAGUUCCUUGAUGCCCUCGACUUUGCGGUCCGCACCCACAAUGUGGUCUUUCAACGCUUUGCGGACCCAAACGUUAACCCCUACCUUCACGUCACUCUUUCGUUCCUCUACCACAUGUCACAUUUUGGAACAGCAAUGGGUUACAUUGAGUCAAAGAUGCCGUGGAAGCUCAUCUCGCUGAUGCUGAACUCGCUCUUGAAAGAGUGUGCGUCGGUGGACAGGAUUGAAUCUGAGGAGUUCCCCCGGUCCAACGACGAGACGCCUAGACCUCUGCCCGAGGACUUUGCGCAACGCGGGCUGCUUUGGGUCGAUAAGUACUACCCCGACGACUGGUUCACUUCAAAACUUGACGACGACGAGAAGUACUUUGAGGUGGCGUCGAUGACAGAGGAUCGUCAGGAGAGGUGCCUUUGGCUCGGUUGCCGCAUCGCGUCAUCGGGCAACUGGCUGACAUACGAUAAGUCGACAAGACAAUUUGGCGUGCCGCCACAAUACGAUUUCGAAAUACCCGUCAUCGGCAAGUCCGAUGCGAAGCCGCAGGUGGAUCUGCAGGCGGGCAACGACGGUGACGUAGUCAUCCCAGAUGUCCCGGAUGGAGGUCCCUGA